AUGAUCUCAAAUCAAACCUCUUCUCUUGUCCGUUCCUCAAAAUUUAGACAUUUGAAUGGUCAUGAAUAUCCCAAAAGUGAACGUCACGAAAAUAUCAAUGUUGGAUACGGUCAAAAAUUAUCCAAUACUCUGAAAACGAAUGGCUCACUCUAUGUAUUACCCUACAACUCCAUUGGUGGUAGUGUACUCGCCUACAAGAGAGUCGAUGAUUAUGGUCGAUGGGAUGAAAAGAUUCAAAAUUAUGGAAUGAUCAAAGCUCACAAAGGAAAAUUAUCAGAUUUUGAUUUGUCACCAUUCAAAGAUAGAAAUGAUUUAUUGACAGUCUCUAAUUCUGAUCAUACCAUUCGAUUAUGGAAGUUAAAUGCAGAAUCUAAUUACAAAAUAUUAGAAGAUUGUGAUUUGGAAUUGAAUGAUCCUAGCGUUACAUCUUCAAACAUGUCCAUUAUUAGUAAGGUUGUCUUUCAUCCCUAUAUUGAGAAGAGUGUUGUGAGUGUUCAAGGAGAUUAUAUCUAUUUAUGGGAUUUGGAAAAACGAAAAAUCCAAUACAGUGUCAUGAAUGGAAAAGUCUCUACAGCAUCAUUGAAUAAUACUUCUCCAAUCAUUGUAGAAAGUUUAUCAUGGAAUGACAAUGGUCAAUGUAUGAUUUGUGGUACUUCGGAUCGAUUCAUUCGAGUCUAUGAUCUUCGAGAGAUGACAUCAAUAUCUUCAUCCUCAUACUCUUCAACAUCCUCCUCUUCAACAUCCUCCUCAAUGUCAACAACAACAACAUCUCCCAUAUUCAGUGUAGAAGCUCAUGCCAGUAUGAAACCCUUUCAAACUCUGUACAAUCAUGGAACUCAUUAUGUAACCAGUGUUGGAUUUUCCAAAUCAGGUACACGUGAAUUGGCACUCUAUGACAUGAGAAAGGAUUUGAAAUGUUUACAACGAGUACCGAUUGACAAUGGUGCAUCUGUCUUGACACCCUUCUAUGAUAUGGAUAUUAAAUUACUCUAUGUAGCAGGAAGAGGAGAUGUGAAUAUUCGAUUCUAUGAAUUAGAAGGUGGUACUCUUCAUUAUUUGAAUGAUUACAAAUGUUCAAGUGCGAGUGCGAGUAUGGAUUGGAUACCAAAAUGGAAAUUAUCAGUCAAUGAUUUUGAAUUGGCACGAUUCCUUCGAUUAACCAAUGACAAGACCAUUGAAACUCUUUCCAUGAGAGUGAGUAGAAAAUCCAAUAUUGAACAAUACUUUCAAGAAGAUAUCUUUCCAGAUACUUGGAAUGGAGAACCAGUGUUUGAGACAUGGAAUGAUUCGAUUCGUACAAGUAGUAGUUUCAUGAGUAGUAGUAGUAGUAGUAGCACCAUGAGUAGUAAUAGUAGCAGUACGACAAGUAUGAAUUUUAACUCAGAAUUAUUUUUCAGAAGAACCAUGUCGUUGAAACCUGAGGGUAAAAUUUCUAUUUAUGAUGUUCCAGUGAGUGAGGGAGGCAAGGUGAGACCAUUGGGUGUUACUAGUAAUAAUAAUAAUAGUAGUAGUGGCACUAAUACUAGUCAUAGUCACAAUAAUAAUCAUAGCAAUGGUGGUGAUCGUAGUGCAGAUUAUUAUCAUAACAUCCAUUCAGAGUCUCCAUCAUCAAGUACCAUUCCAUUAGACUCUACUCAUUCCAUCAAAAUACCCUCUCUGAGAUCUCAACUCUCAAAUAAUGGCACCUCACACACUCUAGAUGCUCCUACGUUAAUGUCUCCAACAGAGAUUACAAGAAAAUCUCUUUCUCUUUCCAUUGCAUCCUCUAUUGCAAUGAAUUCUGCACUGGCUGCAGCCAAUCGACCAUGGUAUUCUAAAUUAUUCUCUGGUUUAGGUUAUUAUUUGGGAAUGGCCAUGUUCUUACUCUUUCGAUUCACAUUGAUUUCCAUUCCUGUAUUUAUUUAUAGAAAGACGACUGGAUAUCAACCACCACCGUUACAACAGAGAUUUGAAAGACAAGUACCACCCUUGAGUCAUAAUACAAGUUAUAAUAAUCAUCGGCAUCGAAGAGGUGGUACGUCCUUAAAGAAUGCUGCUACUACUACUACUACUAGCCAUUCAUCCACCACUCAAUCAACAAUUCUCAUCACUCCAACAAGUACUACUACCAACAACAACACCAUGAAUGAAUCCUCCACCUAUUCCAAAGUAGGAAUGGAAAUUGCACGUGAAUAUGGUCAAAUGAUCAUGAAAGAAUAUAUUGGUCCACUCACUAAGGAAGACAUCUUUCCGAAAAGAGCUCAUGAUCGAGAUCCACAAUUGAAACAAUCUCAUGUUCUCGAAAUUGAUGUGACUGAUUUGAAAAAAGGUUCAACUCAUGUCUUGAUAUGGAUCAAAGGUAGAAAGAAAGCUAGAGCUACAUGGGUUCCAUUGCAUUGGUCUUCUCUCAAUCAUAAUGAUUGUUUUCUAUUAGACACUGGUAAGACUGUAUAUAUUUACAAUGGACAAUAUUCCAACAAGUUGUGUCGAGCCAAAGCAUUGGAUAUGAGUCAAAUGAUUAAAUACAAGGAAAGAGGUGGAGAUUGUCAAGUAGUUAUUAUUGAUGGAGGUGUUUAUACGAGUAGUAGUAGUAGUGGUAAUAAUAAUAAUAGUAAUAACAGUACGAAUACGAAUAAUGACUCAAUCACACCACUCCUUAAAAAACAAAUGACUCAAUUUUGGACCUUAUUGGGAGUCACACAUGAAUCUUCUUCUACUACUACUACCACACCACUCUCCAAAUCCCAACCCACACUCACACUCACACCCACCGAAGAUACUUGGAUGAAAUUACUUUGUGAACAUUAUCCUCCUGUGGAAAGAGCAGCACACAAAAAUGUCUUUUCCAAACUCAAAAUUGCAGAAAAGAGCAAGUACAUUUGUCAAGAUGAAAUCUCUGAUGAUUUAUAUCAACAAUUGAAUGAUUUAGGACAACGACUCUACAAACUCAAUUCUGAAAUAUUUGAAGAAAUGCCACUUUUCAUUGAGAAGAAUGAAACACAAGAUGCAUAUAUUCAAAGAAUUGCACCACACAUGUUGAGUGUGAUUAAAUUGAAUCAAGUACCACACGGUGAAAUUGAAUCUCUAAAACAACUUGAAGAAUGUAUUGAAAAGGGUGAAUUGAAUGCAUUGGAAAUUAUUCAACCAAGUCAUCGUGUAUUACAUUCUGAUCAAUGUUACAUUUUUGAAUCUCUCUUCACGAAUGAGGUAUUCUUUUGGAGUGGUAAACAAAGUAAUUUAAAUAUUAGAAAAUGGGGAAUUGCAAUUGCAAAGAAAUUGGCACAAUAUAGAGCCAUGCAUGAUAAUCCAUUUUCACUCAUGAAUCCAGCCAUUCAACGAGCAAGAAAGAGGUCCAUGCGUCGUCAUCUUGGUGGUGAUCAUGAUACUACAAACGCUCCUCAUAGUCAUGAUACUACUACAAUGAGUCCUUCGAGUCAUACUACUACUACUACAAUGAGUCAUACACCACCACCACCUUCCUUAAUAUAUUUCAUGUCCACAGUCACUCGUGUCAUUGAAGAUGGUGAACAUUCCAUUUACAAACAAAAAUUUAGUGAUUAUCCUGGAAUGCUCAUGAUUCAAACACAACAUCAAGAAGCCUCACGUGGUAACAUUGCUGAAACCAAAAAACAACGAAAAAUUCCAUUCGAAGAAUUAUUGAAACAAAAAUAUGCAGAACUCUCUGGCGCCACCAACCCUAACACCACUACCGGCAUAUGGAAUUCUAAAAUUAGAAUGUGGCGGGUGAGUGAUUUCCAGAAAAUACCCUAUGCUCAUAUUGGUCACUUUUUCAGUGGCGAUGCAUUCAUUCUACUCUAUACUUAUACAAAGGUUGAGGGUGGUAAACCAUUUCAUAAACUCUUCUUUUGGCAAGGUAGAGAUAUUAAAAAGAAAGAUAAAGGAACAUCAGCCUAUAAAACUGUGGAGGUGAAUGAAAUGAUUGAUGAAGGUGUUGUGGAACAACAAGUACGUGUGGUUCAAGAUAAAGAACCUCAAGUAUUUAUGGAUUUAUUUAUGACGACGACGACAAGAUGCUUCAAUAGGAUGAAACAUGAUCAUUCCAUCAUGAUGACGGCACAACACCAUCUCUCAGUCCCUUAUUACAUGGUUCAUAAAGGUAAAUACAGAGAGUCUGUCUUGGAAGCAUUUGAAAAGGCUCAAAAAGAAAAUUCAAUAAUCAAAUCAAAGAUGACUCCAUUCACUGCUAUUAGUAGUAGUAAUACUAUGACGACGAGUAUGACGAGUACGAGUACCACGACGAAUACGACGAGUACGAAUACGAAUACCACUACUACUAUUGACAGUACCACCUCUUCCAAUUCUACUACUCCAGUGAGUGAGUUCAACAACAUGGAUAAUGACACGACUCGAUUCAGCAGUGGUAGUAGUGCAAUGAAAUCCGAAUCACCACUCGCUCAACGUGGUGGUGGUGCCUCAAGCAAUAACAACAACACUCCUACUACUACUACUCCAACUCGAUUCACAUCUUCAUCUUCAACAACAACAACACCUACCACUCCAUCUUCAGAAUAUUCUUCUUCAUGGGAUGAUGACACCAAUAGCAGCAACACCUCCUCCUCCAACAACAGCACUCCAAUCAAACUCUUUCAAAACAUCAAAUCAACUUCACUCGAUGAUCAUGAAAAGAAAUAUUCUCCUCAAGUUUUACAAUUCCAAAAAGAAAUGAUUCGUCAAAUUGCAAUGAAAUCACUCUAUGAUUCAGAUACCACUACUCUUCAUUGUUAUGACGUUCGAAAUGGAAAAGUGUGUGAAUGUGAUGAUUUACAUCCUGUAUUUUUAAAUCCAUUCCAUGCCAUGAUCUUUUGUAAUUAUAAUUUUACUGUAGAAUUGAAUCGAAAGGAAAUGAAUGCAAGUGUAUCUACCAUAACAACAACAACCAUGAAUGAGGAUAUAAUAAUAAUGAAUGGUACUGUAGAGGAUGUUGCAACCACUCAGUACAACAAUGAUGAUGAUAUUGGUUCUGGUGGUUCUGGUGGUUCUGGUGGUGCUGGUACUAUUGCAUGUAAACCACAAUUAAUUGUCUAUUAUGGAAUGUAUUGUCCACUGGAUGAAAAGAAAUUUAUUGAAAAUCAUGUCUUGAAGGAAUUAUUUUCAACAUUUCGACAAGAUGAAAUUCUAUUCAUUCAAGAUCAUGAUGUGAACAAUACCAUUGAACAAUUAUCCAAACAUGUCUUUAAAUCCAUCAUUGAUCCAUACUUUGAACCAUUCUUGUUGAGAUUCAAGAAUUAUUUAUUACAACCAAAGCGUAUCACAAGUCCUGCAAUUUCAACUCUCUAUUCUAUUAACGAUCAUUCGGGUGAAUUUACAAUGACUCCCAUUCAACAUUAUGGUGAAUCUGAUUUGUCAUCAACACAAGCCUACAUCUUAGAUACACUUGAUUUGGAAGAAAAAGUUUAUGUAUGGAUUGGAAAAUUAUGUAAUAUUGAAACAAAGAAGUUUGCAUUGACAAGUGCUUUGGAAUAUUAUCACACAUGGAAGUGUCAACAACAAAAAGAUUCAUUCUAUACAAAAAAGAAUACUACUACUACUAGUGAAGAUGACUUUGAUCCUGCAUCAUUUGUCAAGAAAGAAGAUGAAAUGAAUUUACGUGUGGUUACAGAAUUAGAAGAACCACCAGAAUUUACAAGACAUUUCCUUGCAUGGUCAACAUCAUCCACUGCAUUCAAGAUUCGAUACAAGCAAUCCAAGGAUCCAAAUGUCAUUUCGAAAGGUUUUGUAAAAACACCUAGAACACCAAGAAGAAGUACUCAUACUCACCAAAUGGUCAAAUCGUCUGCAUUGGAUCAAGAUCACUCCUCAGGGGUCUAUGAAAUUGAACACUGUCCAACCUGCACCAGUUUGUAUAACAAAUUAUUCUCUCAUCAAACAUAUAGUUAUAAGGUUCUUACAAGUGGAUCAUUACCAGAAGGUAUUGACAAGUCCAAAUUGGAGACUUACUUGUCAAAUGAUGAAUUUAUUAAGGUAUUUGGAAUGGAUAAGAAGAAAUUCUCUCAACUUCAACCUUGGAAACAAACCUCCCUCAAGAAGGAAAAGAGUUUGUUCUAG